AUGGGUGGCAACGCCUCCAAACAGCUCGUCGACGAGAACCCGCUCGUGACGCGAUGCAAAUUCGACGAUCCGACCGAGGUGGUUGUUCUGCCCAAGGCGAAGAUUGAGAAAUUUGAUCUAAAGACGGCGCUCGGGAUGCGAGUUACCGUGGAACCGGGAUGGGAAUGGGCGCGCGAUGUGGGCGAGGCGCAGGGGAAGAAGUACUGCCCGGUGCGUCACGUUGGAAUCGUCGAACAAGGCCAGAUUAAUGUCACGACGAAAGACGGCGCAAAGAUGAGAUACGCCGCCGGCGACGUCUACUUGAUUGAACCCGGGCACAACGCGAAGAACAAGCAAGGCGUGAAUUUCGUCGGCUAUGAAUUCGUGAGCAAGAUCAAUACCGACGCCGCGGGUGGUGGAUCGACGUACGCUGCGGAAGUGGCUUCGUCCGAGGUGGAAGUGAAGCAGCUCGACAAGGCGUCGUUCGCCGCGCCGAGCGUAUCCAAGACAAUGCCCAACGGCGAGGCGUGCGUGUGCAUGCUCGGCAACAACCAGGCAAAAUCUAUGCGAGCGACGCUCCAGCCGGGUUGGACUUGGAAAACCGGCGCUCGCACGCUUUUGCCGCCCGAAAAGCAAACUCUCGAGGCUUGCCCUGCGCGGCACGUGGGUUACAUAACUAAGGGCAAGUUCGCCAUGAUUGACGCCAAGACGGGCAAAACCACGAUCGUUGCACCGGGAAUGUGUUAUGUGUGCGAGCCAGGCCACGAUGCCGAAGUCUUGGGCGAUGAAACGGUCGAGUUCAUUGAGUUUGAAACCAUCCUCUAA